UCUAACUCAACUGAACGGAGCAUUACAAAGCUGAUAAAUCAGAGCUCUGAACCCCACCGAGAAGCCGGUGGCGAAAUUGAUGUGCCAGCUGACAUAGCAAACGACUUUAAACUUGAUAACAAAAAAGGCCCUGCUGUCAAUCAGCACUUAGCGAAGAUUGUUCACGGACUUAAAACGAAAAAGCUGUCAGACGAGAUCCUAACUGAAACACAGAACCGAUACAACAAAUCCGAAAACUGCGAGUGCCUCUCGACUACAAAGGUAAAUCAUCUUAUUUGGGAUAAACUCAAAAACCUGGAAUGAGGUCGAAUGACAUCAAAUUACAACGCGUGCAAUCUAUGCUUGUUAAAGGAGACAUCCCAAUGGUCUCUAUUGUUGAGAAGCUCGUUGAAGCGAAGGAAAAAGUCCCAAAAGAUGCCUUGAACGUUCCGGGAUUAAUAACAGCGGCCACAGAUGCCAUUACUCUAAUAGGAGCCACCAACUUUGAGUUGAACAUUCGGCGCCGAGAUAAUAUCAAACGGAACUGA